UUAAGUAGAAUGGUAAAAUAGCUUUAUUCACAGUUUGUUGUAAACAAUUCAAUAUGAGGGCAGCAAUCAUUUUGGCACUAGUCGGUGCAGUUUUGGCGGCUCCGCCAGUCAAGUUGACGCCGGAGCCUAAUAGUGAACAUGAUCGGUACUCUCAUAUAUAUGCGAAUGUACGGCCACUGGGCCAAAAAGCCCAGAACGCGGAGAUUGAAUUCCAGCCAGAGCACCACAACUCUCUGUCAAGCAACCAGGUCGAAGUGGUAACCAAUCAUGUGGAGCACAAGCAGCCUCAGCACUUGGAAGUUGAGAUCAAGGAGCAACAUUCUUCUUCAAUUUCUCAGGUUGAGUCGCGACCAUCUCACACCGUGGACAUUGAGAUGAAGCCGGUGCAGCAGAAGCCACCUCAGCACUUGGAGAUUGAGGUGAAGCCGCAGCACGACCAACACUCUGCCCAGGGGCAUUUGGUUUCUUUGGCCGUCAAGCCAGUGGAGCUGAAUCCUCCUAAGCACAUUGAGGUCGAAAUUAAGCAGCAGCAGCCACAUUCUUCGCCAAGUCAUCAGGUGGAGGUGGAAAUCAAGCAGGUGGAACAGAAGCACCCUCAGCACUUGGAGGUUGAGAUCAAGCCGGUUGACCAGAAGCCAUCUCACCAUCUGGAGCUUGAGCACCACCAGCAGCACCACCACUCCGAGCAUGGACAUUUGGUUGCUUUGGGACCAGUAAAGCAGAAGCCCCAACACAUCGAUCAAGAGAAAAUCGAGCUGGAAAUUGUCGAAGAGAAUGAGCCCAUGGUAUCCCAGCUCCAGAACCAACAUUUCAACCUCAAUCUGCACCAAUAGAACGGCCGGCACAAAAUGUAUCCGUUUAACAAA